AUGGAUGAAGACUCUGAGUCUGAGGAAGAAUUGACUGGUUUAUCCAAGGUAUUUGCGGAUGGCCAAGCAUUGUCCGCGAAUGGCUUGUCAUGCUUAGAAAGAAGCGAUUCAAUCAAUGACUAUCAGCACACAUUCGCUACUCAUCCAGAUACACCACGCAAUGUGCAAUGGAUUAAAGGGCCAUUGAUUGGUGCUGGCUCAUUUGGAAAGGUGUUUUAUGGUGUUAACUGUGAAACUGGAGAGAUUAUGGCAGUCAAGCAAGUUCCAUCACCAACUUAUCGAGUCAGAACAUUUUCUCGUAGCAGCGCACGACGCAAGAUGCUCGAGGCUUUGCAUCGUGAAAUUUCAUUACUCAAGGAUCUUGAUCAUGAAAACAUUGUGCGAUACCUUGGGUUUGACGUCGAAACGGAUUUUAUCAGUGUUUUUCUCGAGUACGUGUCGGGUGGAUCUGUUUCUACUGCAUUGGCUGUAAUGGGAAACUUUGAAGAACCGCUGAUUCAAAGCAUUGUAUCACAAGUCCUGAAUGGUCUCAGAUAUCUGCAUGAGCGGUUGAUUAUUCAUCGAGACAUCAAAGGUGGAAAUAUUCUUAUUGACGAGGAUGGAUGGGCCAAGAUAUCCGAUUUUGGCAUUUCCAAAAAGAAUAAGCAUCAAAUGGCAUACCGAUAUAACUCUCGUAUGUCGAUUCAAGGGUCAGUGUAUUGGAUGGCGCCGGAAGUAAUCAAGUCCAAAGGCUAUUCUGCAAAAGUGGAUAUAUGGAGUCUAGGAUGUGUGGUGUUGGAGAUGUUUACUGGUAAUCAUCCUUGGAGACAAUUGGACGAAGUUCAGACCAUGUGGCGAUUGGGCAGAGAAGACAAACCGCCCUUGCCUGAGCAUCUCAGUUCUAUGGGAACAGACUUUUUAACCAAAACGUUUGUUAUUAAUCCCGAAGAGCGGCCAACGGCAGCCGAGUUGGAGAUGCACCCGUUUUGCCUG